AUGAUUGAGAACGACGAUAAGUUGUUGGAUGGCCUUUAUGCAUGCAUUAACAAGCUUUCUGCAAGUGAAAAAGUUAUUGAUGACAUUCAUGGAGAAUUGGCGAAAUAUAAGAUGUGUACAUGCCACUUUGGAUUGAAUGAAGCGGUGAGGCAAAGAGCCAAUGUAGCUCCUGCUGAGUGGUGGAGGAGGUAUGGAGCAAAAACACCAAAUUUGCAGCUCCUUGCUAUUAAAAUAUUGAGUCUUACUUGUAGUUCAUCGGGUUGUGAGCGGAAUUGGAGUGCUUUUGAGCAUAUUCACUCCAAGAAGAGAAAUAGACUUGAACAUCAAAUGUUGCAAGACUUGGUUUUUAUCAAGUACAAUCAAAAUUUGAAAGAGCGCUUUGAUAGCGAUGAUUUGAUUGAUCCUGUGGUUUUGGAAGAUGAUUUUGAUACUCAUAACCUAUGGUUGUUGGGAGGUGAAGAUGAGGCUCAACCCGAACCUGAUGAUGAUAUGGUGUUUGAUGGUGAGGAUUUGUCUUGGCUAGAUGUUGAAAUUGCAAGUGGUGCUGCUGAGCCUGCAAUCAACACUAGAAGCCAAGCAACAUUGCAAAAGAAUGCGGCUGCUCCUCCACCACCUCAACCACCUUCUUCAUCUAGAUCUAAGCCAAAAGCAAAGGAAGUGGUAGUAGUAGAUGAUGAAUUUGGUGAUGGAGAAUAUAUUGGAGAGGAUGAAGAGUGUGAAGAGGAUGAAGAGGAUGAAGAGGAUGCUAGUGAGGAAGGAAGUGAUGAUGAAGACUUAGAUUUUAAUGAUUCGUGA